AUAUUUUGUCCUAAGUUAUAUUUGUAAGAAGAUAAGUUAAGGGUAAGACAUAAUUUAAAAUGGUUGGAGUAAAAUGUAUGUCCAUGUCCACAAUUAUUGCAUCUUCAUCUCUACCACCCACUGACCCCAAGCCUCCAUUCCUCAAAAGCCAAACAAGAGUUGAGCAGAAUGAAAGGAAACUCUCAGUUGCAGAGAUUGAAAGAGCCAUUGGUGCUGGCAUUUUCAGAGAUAGAGAUACCAGCAGGAGUCAUGUAAAGGAGAAGAAGACAUUGUUUGAUUCAAUUUUGUCCAAUUCUGUUGGGGAGAAUGAAGGGGAUGUCGAGAAGAAGCUAAGACAAACUGGUGAAUGGCUUAUUCAUAAAACUCAACCCACAUCUGCCUCUGCUGGAAAACAGAUUUUAGUUGCUGUGUUUCAAUGGAUUCUACCUAUGUGGAUUCUUGCAUUUCUUCUCGCUUCUGGGAUGCUCAACCUACCAUUUCUUGAUGACUUGCUUUUGUAAACAAUUAUCCCCUAAUUACCACUACAAAAAGAAAGUUUUAAAUUUACAUUUUGCCAAGCCCAUUAUAUAUGUAUUAGUGGGGUUAAAUUUGAAUGUUGUGGCGCUGUAAUUCGUCUUCUGUUUUGAAUUUCUGAUUCUAUUAUUCA